AUGCCCUUGAAUCGCCCAUCUAUGCAUCGCCCAGCCGACACCCGAGCAAACCAGCCUUUGCUCAAGGAUGACCACAGAGGGCGACUGUCAAACGCCAGCCUAGGCCAUGGGGAGGCAGAGGGCAGGCCCAUGCUACACCAUUCGCGACGGCCCACAAUCAGGGGUGUGAGCCCGGAGCGCAAUGCGGAGCAGGAGACUCGGCGCAAGUACAUGAUCGCGUCCGGAUUCCUGUUGUUGAGUCUGGCUAGUUUCGUGGUGCAGACGGAGACCGCGGUAUAUAUUCAGCACGAGCUGCACUGGGAUAAACCGUACUGCAUGCUCUAUCUUACACACGGUUCUUGGUCCCUACUCUGGCCGGCACAACUCCUCAUCCUCCGAUUGCAACAGCGUAAACUCUCAUGGACAGCGUUCUGGCGACGCCAUGUCUAUCUCCUUCGGACGACAGCCAAGAUGGUGGAAGCUCAAGAUCUACACCUCACUUCUCGCGACUCCCAGCGAUCACCGGUUCGAUACAUGCUUAAAACGACCGCAUUUGUCACCACCGCCCUCACCAUAGCCGGUGGCUCUUGGUAUGUCGCGGUCAACAUGACAACGGCCAGUGACUUGACCGCGAUCUACAACUGCUCCGCCUUCUUCGCCUAUGCGUUCUCCAUACCCCUGCUCAACGACAAGCUUCGCUUUGACAAAGUGUUUGCCGUCGUAGUAGCGAUUGUCGGAGUUCUGGUCGUCGCUUAUGGAGAUAGGGACGAAAGCAAGAAGACUGCAGAUGGUACGGUCGGCAAAGCGCAUGAUGAGGCAGAAAAUAGACUCUUCGGGAACAUCAUUAUCGGAGUUGGCAGUGUGCUCUAUGGGUUGUACGAGGUGCUCUACAAGAGAUAUGCUUGCCCUCCAGAGGGCACGAGUCCCGGCCGGAGCAUGAUCUUUGCCAACACUUUUGGCAGUCUCAUUGGGUGCUUCACCCUUCUUGUUCUCUGGAUUCCACUGCCCAUUCUCCAUAUACUGGGCCUGGAAACGUUCCGCUGGCCUACUGGCGAAGCUGCAUGGAUGCUUAUGAUCUCUGUCCUUGCUAAUGCUAGUAAUGUACGUGCUAACAAAGUGUUCCUCAAAUUAGCAUUCUCCGGCUCCUUCCUGGUUCUCAUCUCGCUCACUUCUCCCGUCCUUUCAUCUGUAGCAGCGCUGCUUACCAUCUUCCUCGUCGCCAUCGCCGACUGGCUCCGAACCGGCCAGCCUCCCUCCGCCGCGGCUAUCAUCGGCGGUAUCCUUAUCAUUGGUGCCUUCUUCCUGCUAAGUUGGAGCACAUACCGAGAAAUGAACGAAGAGCGCAAGAAGAGCAUGGCAAAUGACCAGUCCGAGUCCGACCUCGAUGAAUAG